AUGGGGUACUUGAACGUGGAGAAGAAAUGGGUAUUCCCUCUCGUCAUAACUUCACUAGUAUGUAUUUUACUUUUUGCAACAUCAUUCAACAUGGGGCUCGUGUCAUCGUUGCACACGAUCAAUUCAAUCUUUCCGUCAUUCUCGUCUCGUAUUAUGACCAAUCAAAGCAGCCCUUAUUUUGUCGAGGCAAAGAUUAAGCAAGCCCCACCAUCUCCUGCUGGGCCUUCCAUUCCAAAAUUUGCUUAUUUGAUUUCCGGGUCAAAAGGUGAUAUGGAGCAGGUCUGGAGAACACUUCAGGCAUUGUAUCAUCCACAAAAUUAUUAUGUUGUUCAUCUAGAUCUGGAUUCACCGCCUGAGGAGAGAUUGGCGCUCGCAUCGAAAGUGGAAAAGGAUCCCAUUUUUGCAAAGGUUGGAAAUGUGUACGCGAAUACCAAAGCAAAUAUGGUUACUUACAGAGGGCCCACCAUGGUUUCUAAUACUCUUCAUGCAUGUGCCAUUCUUCUCAAAAGACAUAAGGAUUGGGAUUGGUUUAUUAACCUCAGUGCAUCAGAUUAUCCCUUGGUUACUCAAGAUGAUCUUCUUUACGCAUUUUCCAAUUUAAAACGAGAAUUAAAUUUCAUUGAACAUACGAGCCGUUUAGGCUGGAAAGCGAGCAAGAGGGCGAUGCCAUUGAUUGUAGACCCCGGGCUCUACCAGACAAACAAGUCUGAUAUCUUUUUGGUUAGACCUUGGAGAACUUUGCCAACAGCAUUCAAUUUGUAUACUGGUUCAGCUUGGAUGAUCCUCUCGCGUGCAUUUGUGGAGUACUGCAUAUGGGGUUGGGAUAAUCUUCCUAGAAACCUACUCAUGUAUUACACGAAUUUUGUGUCCUCCCCAGAAGGCUAUUUUCAGACUGUCGUCUGCAAUGCCCCAGAAUUUGUCCCUACAGUCGUCAACCAUGAUAUGCACUACAUUUCUUGGGAUAUUCCUCCCACACAACAUCCCCGUACCCUUUCCCUCAAUGAUACAGAAAAAAUGAUUGCAAGUGAUGCUGCCUUUGCACGUAAAUUCAAGCAGAAUGUUCCUGUCCUUGAUAAAAUUGAUAAAGAAUUGCUCAGGCGAGAAAAUGGGAGCUUCACACCUGGUGGUUGGUGUGCAGGAAACCCUCCUUGCUCCGAGGUUGGAAAUCCCACCAGACUUAAACCAGGACCAGGUGCUCAAAGGCUUCAGCGUCUUUUAGGUAAACUAGUUUUGUCAGAUGAUUUUAUUAAAAAUCAGUGCAAGUAG